ACCAGGGUUAACUACACAAAUAGAUUUCGAUACAGAACAACAAAAUCCACAAACAAUAAAUCAACAAGAAACACAUCCCGACAGUACACUAACAGAAGCAAUGUAUUAACAACGCAACGGAGCUCACAGUCCGGCGCCUGAAAAUACAGGCAGAUUAGCAACUGGCGAAGAGUAACUGAACGACAAUAAUAAUAAUAGAGGUAACAAAACUUGUAAACAAUACAUGAACGAGGAAAAUACGCGUUACAAAACGCCUCUAGGACGGGAAAACUAAGAUCAGGACGAAUAAUUAAGACCCCUUUUUAUGUAAAGGACUAUACGUUUCGAAUGUACAGUAACUAACUUUUCACUCAGCAGAGAUAACUGUUAUGACUUAUAAAUAUCCUGUCAUUUAUUCCUUUCAACAAUAGUAAAUAAUAGAUAAAAAUAUCGAUAUCUUCUUUUGUAUUGAGUACGAAAAUGUGGCAUAGAGUCGAAUGAUGUUCAUAUAUGGAUGCUGUCUAUUUAAUCUAAAACGACGCGUCUUAAUCUUUGGGCGUCAAUGAUGAACGGUGAGAAAUCGACUUUGAUUCUCCAUCCCACCAACGUCUGAUACAUCAUCAGUACUUGUGCAUGUGAACUUAAACGUGUGUGUACAUACGCAGAGACAGAGAACGAACUCCGGCUACUACCUCUUGUGGACAGACUGAAACUGGCAUACGAAAGGUUGGGACUGCCACUGGCUCUAACGUAUGGAGAAAGGAUUGGGUUCCAUUGCCAAGAAAUAUCAGAUGACAUUGGCAUAAAAUAAUCUGAGUAUAGAGUAUCUUCAAAUAUCAACAAAAAUUACAUUUGUUGAAACUAUAGCAACAAAGAAUAUUUGUUGGGAAUAAACAUUUAAGAAUUAAAAGAAGGAAAACAUCUCUGUUGAGGUGAGAGAUGAAACAUGAUGGAAGACAAACUAUGUGAGAACAAAGUUAUACGUAAGACACAGUCUACAAGUAUGGGAUUCUCUGUUGGUGUAAAAAAACAAGAAGAUAAAACAUUAUAUACGGGAGAGGAUGUGUAUAGCUGUGAUACAGGAGAGAAACCAUAUCAUUGUGAUAUCUGUGGUAAAUCAUUCUCAAGAAAUCAUCACUUAACAACACACAAACACAUUCAUUCAGGUGAUAAACCAUAUCACUGUGAUAUCUGUGGUAAAUCAUUCUCUAGAAGUCAUCAUUUAACAACACAUAAACACAUUCAUACAGGAGAUAAACCAUAUCACUGUGAUAUCUGUGGUAAAUUAUUCUCACAGAACAGUCACUUAACUACUCACAAACGUAGUCACACAGGAGAUAAACCAUAUCACUGUGAAAUUUGUGGUAAAUCAUUCCCUCAAAAUGGUGACUUAACUACUCACAAACGUAUUCAUUUAGGUGAAAAACCAUUUCACUGUGACAUUUGUGGUAAAUCAUUCUCUCAGAAAGGUAACCUAAUUACUCACAGACGUUUUCAUACAGGAGAGAAACCAUAUUGCUGUGAAGUCUGUGGGAAAACCUUCUCAAGAGGUAGUUACUUCACUGCUCAUAAACGUAUGCAUACAGGGGAGAAGCUAUAUCACUGUAAUAUCUGUGGCAAAUCAUUCUCUGGGAGUAGUUACUUUAAUACUCACAAACGUAUUCAUACAGGAGAGAAGCCAUAUCGCUGUGAUAUCUGCGGUAAAUCAUUUUCUGGAAGCAGUGAUUUAAUUAAACACAGACGUAUUCAUACAGGAGAGAAGCCAUACCAUUGUGAUAUUUGUGGUAAAUCAUUCUCUUUCAGUAGUAACUUAUCUACUCACAAACAUAUUCAUACAGGAGAGAAGCCAUAUGACUGUAAUAUCUGUGGUAAAUCAUUCUCUCAAAAAAUUCAUUUAACUAUACACAAUAAUAUUCAUACAGGAGAGGAUGUGUACAAUUGUGAUAUGUGUGGUAAAUCAUUCUCAGCGCCAGGUCACUUAACUAAUCAUAAACGUAUUCAUACAGGGGAGAAACCAUAUCAGUGUGAUAUUUGUGGUAAAUCAUUCUCAAGAAAUCAUCACUUAACAACGCACAAACACAUUCAUACAGGAGAUAAACCAUAUCACUGUGAUAUCUGUGGUAAAUUAUUCUCUCAGAACAGUCACUUAACUGCUCACAAACGUAGUCACACAGGAGAGAAACCAUAUCACUGUGACAUCUGUAACAAGUCAUUCCUUCAAAAUGGUGACUUAACUACUCACAAACGUAUUCAUUCAGGAGAGAAACCAUUUCCAUGUGAUAUUUGUGGUAAAUCAUUCUCUCAAAAAGGUAACCUAAUUACUCACAAACAUUUUCAUACAGGAGAGAAACCAUAUUGCUGUGACGUCUGUGGGAAAACUUUCUCAGGAGGUAGUUACUUCACUAAUCAUAAACGUAUGCAUACUGGGGAGAAACCAUAUUACUGUAAUAUCUGUGGUAAAUCGUUCUCAAGAAAUCAUCAGUUAACAAUACAUAAACACAUUCAUACAGGAGAUAAACCAUAUCACUGUAAUAUCUGUGGUAAAUCGUUCUCAAGAAAUCAUCAGUUAACAACACAUAAACACAUUCAUACAGGAGAUAAACUAUAUCACUGUGAUAUCUGUGGUAAAUCGUUCUCAAGAAAUCAUCAGUUAACAACACAUAAACACAUUCAUACAGGAGAUAAACCAUAUCACUGUGAUAUCUGUGGUAAAUCAUUCUCACAGAACAGUCACUUAACUACUCACAAACGUAGUCACACAGGAGAUAAACCAUAUCACUGUGAUAUUUGUGGUAAAUCAUUCCCUCAAAAUGGUGACUUAACUUCUCACAAAUGUAUUCAUGCAGAACAAUAACUUCAUUAGUGAUGAAAUCUGGCUUGCAGUAAAUAAAUUUGAAUAUAUGGAAUACUUGAUUUUUGAUCAUCAGAAUAAUGUUUACAUGUUUUAGUUUGUUCAUAAAUUUAUGACUCUAUGGUCAUGCAUUCACACCUAUGUAUGCAUGAAUGCACACAUACGCGUAUGAGCAUAUACAUCAGUAUUGAAGUUUGUGUCUCAUAAAACCUGAAAAACAACCCAACUCCCACUGACCUAAAUUCCUGCUAAAGUUCCCAUUCUCUUCUUUUUCUUAAUCCCUUAACCCUUUUCACACAAAUCUGCCCAAAACUGUCCCAGGUUUUAUGAUAUAAAUUACUGCUUUACAAGCCGUCUUUUGAUCGGUUUACGACACUUAAUAUGUAAGUAUCAUUAAUAGAAAGAACAUCUACUCUGGAUAUGUUGUAUCAUUUUUCUACUAUAUCUGUUUGUUUUGAUGUGUUCAAAGAUAAAGGAGUGGAGUUAUGACAUAAGCACUUGCUAAAACCCCUCAAAACUUUUUUUUAUUUUGACGAAUUUUUACAAAAUUUUUUUGAUUCUGACUUCUGCAUAAUGGAAUUAAUACAAUUAUGCAAAAAAAAAAAGAAUUUUAAAAAAAUUCCCCCUCUUCCUUAAUUCCAAAACUUUCCUUUGUUUUUCUAUUUGUUUUUUUUUACAUCAUGGUUUUAAAAUACAGAGUCCAAAUCUA